GAAGUUGAAUCUCUUCACCGUGAUGAAAGGAUCAAUUUAACAAGCCUUUUUGAGCACUGGACUCAAAUUUCAAAGCUUACUUUGGAUGGACACCAUCUCAAGCUUUUGGCUGCAGGUUCCGUUAUGAGUGCUCUUCCAGUUAAAGUUAAUAGCUUAAGGGAACUUACAUUGUUUGAAAUUAACUUUACUGAUCUGGAACAUAUAUCUUGUAUUCUUUGCUUGCUUCAUAGCUCUCCUGGGGUGCAUAGCCCUCAAAUUUGGGCAAAGGUCCCUGCAGUGACUGCUGGCGACGACCUUGCUUUACAGUAUUUGCUGCAAGAACAUAGCGGUAUGAGAGAAGAUAUUAACAGUUUGCAAACAUUGGUGAUCAAAUAUUUCCAGGGGUCAAGAGCUGAAAUGCUUUUUGUAAAGCUUAUACUUUCAUGCUGCUCAUCACUACAAAGGAUCACUUUUGUGGACAAUCAAGUAUUACAGUCGAAUUUCUCAAAUAUUUUGGAAGAGUUGUUGCUGUUCCCUCGAGCUUCAACGAAAGCACAAAUUGUGUUCUGAACCUGUGACUAAAAUGUGGUUAAUGUUUUUGGUUUCUCAAUUUGAAAUAUAGUCUCAAUGAGCUGUAUGUUGAGACAUCUUAUGAUUUGAUCAAGUUUUUGUCUGGCCUUCUCACCACAGCUUUUUGAGGUUUGGUUUGAAUAGUUUCUCCGAAGCCAACUGCACUAGAAUGUAGUAAGUGAUAUUUCUUGGUGUAA